CCGCCAUCCAACCAGAAGGAAGCACCAGGGCUGGGAUAUACGGAACAAUCGCCACAUGUUCCAACCCCCAACCUGGAGGACCAGGAGACUGUGUUCGUCAGACCUCUAACCAUUGACCAACCUGGUAUUGGAGACUCUUGUCGCGGGACACUCUCCAGUAUAGCUCAAUGGAUCGCUGAGGUGCGCAAACCGUCACACCACGGUAAGGUCCAGUCUCUUCGUGACGGAGAGAGCUUGCGAUCCGACCGUGAAGUAUGGUGGACACAGAAAGUCAAAGAAAUGGAAGAGGCCCAGAAAGCCGGUAAUGCCCGGCGAUUAUUUCAGUUGAUCCGUGCGACCGGUCCCCGGAAACCACCUGUGAGUGAAAGCAUCAAACAUCAGAAUGGAACGACCAUCUCUAAUAAGGAGGAACGCCUUGACCGGCUCUCGUGCAACCUUCGGGUGGCAUGGCAUCUAGGCACCGAAAAGGUGCUACAGCUGAACGACACGAGCAAUUAUAUAACAAGGAGUAGACCCAGUCUAAUAAAAAAUUAUUAG